GAGCCCUCGCAGCCCUCAGCCACCCACGGAUCCUCCACACACUCACGCCGGUCGACAUUGCAUGUCUACUCCGGGCGCUGGCGGCCAUGCGGUUCCACAGCCUCUCUUUCCUCGACGGUGGAAACCGCAACAAGUGUCGGGUGAAACCCGCAACAUGUUGCACCGGGCCAGAUGCGGUUUCGCCACGAGGGGCUGCUGUCGGCGUUGGUGCUCGUGUUGGCUGAGAAGCUGCGGGAGUGUGGGCACCAAAGGCUGACGGUGAUAGCGAGAGGGCUGCAAUCCCUCAGGUACGGGCCAGCGGCCUUUGUCAACGCUCACGGCAACAUUUUCACGCCCUGGUAAGCAGCGACGGACUGCGCAUAUUUGACGACGACCAUGAAUGGUACGUCGUCUCGUUGGCUGUGAUCCACAGUUCCAUGGCGAAGCUGGACUUGCCAGCUGUGGAGUGCCUCCUCGACUACCUUUCCACCAUAUCCCACCCAGUUCGACACAAAGCUUCUUUCACCAGCGGGGGUCUUCAGUGGAUCCGAUCCACCUACAACGACUGGUGCUGCAGGAGGCUGCAGAUCAACUGUACAUGA